AUGCCGGAGUUGCGUCCGAAUACUUGGUCUGCGGUACAGUCGUUCCCGGCACCGGACGGGUCGCGUACAUUGCGGGUAGCGGUGGAUUCAUCGGUGAUGGAUGCGUUGCAAUCUCGUGAGUUAUCAGGAAUACGGCAGUCGUAUGUGUGGACAUCGUUGGUUGGUGAUAGUCGUCGGAGAUUGACUACGGAGACGGAGGUGCAAACAGGAGGUUUAUGGGUAUCAUUGGAUCAGUGGUUUGGUCGAAGUCCGGGACUGGGGUGCGUGGAAGGUGAGAGUUAUCGGUUGCCUCGAAUGUUGAUAGACCACUUGCGUUGUGGAAGGGUGGUCAGUGUCCAGCAGACAUUAACGUUAGACUCGCAACUAGCCUCGGGUGUUCGCAACGACGUUAUUGUCGUCAUGGCCAACGGCGAAAAGGAGAACCUACGUCAAUACCUAAAACGCGAACGAGCCUCUGUCGAAAUGUGCGCACCACUUAGCGCAGAAGAAGCCAACGCAUUCUUUUCCAAUCAACAUCUCAUUGGUGUCCGUCACUCAUGGAGCGCCGCUGAGCAACAUACUAUCGAAAUCCUGCACCAAGGCUCCCAACACUGGACCAGACUAGAUAGCGUCGAAGUCUCUGUCUGGAACAAGAUCGUUAAACCCCACUUCAGAUUCACUUACUCCACCCAAGGUAAAAAGGACUCCGUCAACAGCCAAAGCCCAUGGGUCGAGUGA